GGCAAACCUGGUGGACCUUCAGAAGAAGCUUGAGGAAUUGGAGCUGGACGAGCAGCAGAAGAAGCGCCUGGAAGCUUUUCUCACACAGAAAGCCAAAGUGGGCGAGCUGAAGGACGAUGACUUUGAGAGGAUCUCCGAAUUGGGGGCCGGCAAUGGCGGUGUGGUCACCAAAGUGCAGCACAAACCCUCAGGGCUCGUUAUGGCACGGAAGCUGAUUCAUUUAGAAAUCAAACCGGCCAUCAGAAAUCAGAUUAUCCGAGAGCUGCAGGUGCUGCAUGAGUGUAAUUCCCCAUAUAUCGUGGGGUUCUAUGGAGCUUUCUACAGCGAUGGAGAGAUUUCCAUCUGCAUGGAGCACAUGGAUGGCGGCUCUCUGGAUCAAGUGUUGAAAGAAGCCAAAAGAAUUCCCGAGGAAAUCUUGGGGAAAGUCAGUAUAGCGGUUCUGAGAGGCUUGGCGUAUCUGAGAGAGAAGCACCAAAUCAUGCACAGAGAUGUGAAGCCUUCUAACAUCCUCGUUAAUUCUCGAGGAGAAAUUAAGCUGUGUGAUUUCGGAGUCAGCGGCCAACUCAUUGACUCCAUGGCAAACUCUUUUGUGGGAACUCGGUCCUACAUGUCU